AUGGUUGGUGCGACGAAAAGACGGAAAACUCAUAUCCAUAAACACGUGAAAGACGAGGCAUUUGAUGAUUUACUGAAACCAGUGUAUAAAGGUAAGAAACUAACUGAUGAGAUCAAUACCGCUCAAGAUAAGUGGCACCUUUUGCCUGCAUUCUUGAAGGUUAAGGGUUUGGUGAAGCAACAUCUUGACUCAUUUAACUAUUUCGUUGAUACAGAUUUAAAAAAAAUUAUAAAAGCAAAUCAAUUAAUUUUAAGCGAUGUCGAUCCAGAGUUUUAUCUAAAGUACGUCGAUAUCAGAGUGGGUAAGAAGUCCUCUUCUUCGACCAAAGACUACUUGACACCACCUCAUGAGUGUAGACUUAGAGAUAUGACAUACUCUGCACCAAUUUACGUGGAUAUAGAAUAUACCAGAGGUAGAAACAUUAUUAUGCAUAAAGACGUGGAAAUCGGUAGGAUGCCGAUCAUGCUAAGAUCCAAUAAAUGUAUCCUAUAUGAUGCUGAUGAAUCGAAAAUGGCCAAAUUAAAUGAGUGCCCGUUAGAUCCUGGUGGUUACUUUAUUGUUAACGGUACAGAAAAAGUAAUUCUUGUUCAAGAACAAUUAUCCAAGAAUCGUAUUAUUGUGGAAGCAGAUGAGAAGAAGGGUAUCGUUCAGGCAUCAGUCACUUCAUCUACCCACGAAAGAAAAUCCAAGACUUAUGUCAUCACCAAGAAUGGUAAAAUCUAUUUGAAGCAUAACUCCAUCGCUGAAGAAAUCCCUAUUGCUGUUGUUCUUAAAGCUUGUGGUAUUUUAUCUGAUUUGGAAAUCAUGCAAUUGGUUUGUGGUAAUGAUAGUAGCUACCAAGAUAUUUUCGCCGUUAAUUUGGAAGAAUCCUCGAAAUUAGAUAUUUAUACACAACAGCAAGCUUUAGAGUAUAUCGGCGCCAAAGUAAAGACAAUGAGAAGACAAAAAUUGACGAUACUGCAAGAAGGUAUAGAAGCCAUUGCUACUACAGUCAUUGCACACUUGACCGUAGAGGCGCUCGACUUUAGGGAAAAGGCUUUAUAUAUUGCUAUGAUGACACGCAGGGUGGUAAUGGCAAUGUAUAACCCUAAGAUGAUUGACGAUAGAGAUUACGUUGGUAAUAAGCGUCUUGAAUUAGCCGGCCAACUGAUUUCCUUAUUGUUUGAAGAUUUGUUCAAAAAGUUUAAUAAUGAUUUUAAACUAAGCAUUGAUAAAGUCUUGAAAAAACCAAAUAGGGCCAUGGAAUAUGAUGCAUUAUUGUCAAUUAACGUUCAUUCAAAUAACAUUACCAGUGGACUGAACAGAGCUAUUUCAACAGGUAACUGGUCCCUUAAAAGAUUUAAGAUGGAAAGAGCGGGUGUUACACACGUUCUUUCUAGAUUAUCUUACAUUUCUGCAUUGGGUAUGAUGACAAGAAUUUCAUCUCAGUUUGAAAAAUCAAGAAAAGUUUCCGGUCCAAGAGCAUUACAACCUUCUCAAUUCGGUAUGCUUUGUACCGCAGAUACUCCAGAAGGUGAAGCCUGUGGCCUAGUGAAAAAUUUAGCAUUAAUGACUCAUAUCACUACAGAUGACGAAGAAGAACCUAUAAAGAAAUUAUGUUACGUUCUUGGUGUAGAAGACAUAACUUUGAUUGACAGUGCAUCCUUGCAUCUAAACUAUGGUGUUUAUUUAAAUGGUACUUUAAUUGGUUCAAUCAGAUUUCCAACAAAAUUUGUUACUCAAUUCAGACAUCUAAGAAGAACAGGUAAAGUCUCGGAGUUCAUCUCAAUUUAUUCGAAUUCUCACCAGAUGGCAGUUCAUAUUGCUACUGAUGGUGGUAGAAUUUGUAGGCCAUUAAUAAUUGUUUCUGACGGUCAAUCUCGUGUGAAAGAUACUCAUUUACGUCAACUACUAGACGGUGAGUUAGAUUUUGAUGACUUUUUGAAGCUUGGGUUGGUGGAAUAUUUAGAUGUCAAUGAAGAAAACGAUUCUUACAUUGCAUUGUAUGAAAAGGACAUCGUUCCUUCGAUGACACAUUUAGAAAUUGAGCCAUUCACCAUUUUAGGUGCCGUUGCUGGUUUAAUUCCAUAUCCACAUCAUAACCAAUCCCCUCGUAACACAUAUCAAUGUGCGAUGGGUAAGCAAGCAAUCGGUGCAAUCGCCUAUAAUCAGUUCAAAAGGAUAGAUACGUUAUUAUACUUGAUGACUUAUCCGCAACAACCAAUGGUGAAAACCAAAACAAUCGAAUUGAUCGAUUAUGAUAAAUUGCCUGCUGGUCAAAAUGCUACGGUUGCUGUCAUGUCCUAUUCUGGUUAUGAUAUUGAAGAUGCUUUGGUUUUAAAUAAGUCAUCCAUAGAUAGAGGUUUUGGUCGUUGUGAAACUCGUAGAAAGACAACCACCGUUUUGAAAAGAUAUGCGAACCAUACCCAAGAUAUCAUCGGUGGUAUGCGUGUCGACGAAAAUGGAGAACCUAUAUGGCAACAUCAAUCCCUUGGCCCUGACGGUCUAGGUGAGGUGGGUAUGAAGGUUCAAAGUGGCCAAAUCUAUAUCAACAAAUCAGUUCCAACUAAUUCCGCAGACGCGCCGAACCCAAACAAUAUAAACGUCCAAACUCAAUAUAGGGAAGCUCCGGUGAUAUAUAGAGGUCCAGAACCUUCCCAUAUUGACCAAGUUAUGAUGUCCGUUUCAGAUAAUGACCAAGCUUUGAUCAAAGUUCUGUUAAGACAAAACAGAAGACCUGAAUUAGGUGAUAAAUUUUCUUCUAGACAUGGUCAAAAAGGUGUUUGUGGUAUUAUUGUAAAGCAAGAAGACAUGCCUUUCAACGAUCAAGGUAUAGUUCCAGACAUUAUCAUGAAUCCUCACGGUUUCCCAUCUCGUAUGACUGUGGGUAAAAUGAUCGAACUAAUAUCGGGUAAAGCUGGUGUGCUAAAUGGCACUUUGGAAUACGGUACAUGUUUUGGUGGUUCUAAACUUGAAGAGAUGUCUAAGAUUUUGGUUGAUCAAGGUUUCAACUAUUCUGGUAAGGAUAUGUUAUAUUCAGGUAUAACAGGUGAAUGUUUACAAGCCUAUAUCUUUUUUGGCCCAAUUUACUACCAAAAAUUGAAGCAUAUGGUUUUAGAUAAGAUGCACGCAAGAGCUCGUGGUCCAAGGGCUGUUUUGACACGUCAACCUACUGAGGGUAGAUCCAGAGAUGGUGGUCUGAGGUUGGGUGAAAUGGAAAGAGAUUGUGUAAUUGCCUAUGGUGCUUCUCAACUGUUGUUAGAAAGGUUGAUGAUUAGUUCAGACGCUUUUGAAGUUGAUGUCUGUGAUAAGUGUGGAUUAAUGGGCUAUAGUGGUUGGUGUACCACCUGCAAAAGUGCAGAAAAUAUUAUUAAAAUGACUAUUCCAUAUGCCGCAAAACUGCUAUUCCAGGAAUUAUUAUCUAUGAACAUUGCCCCAAGAUUAAGAUUGGAAGAUAUCUUUCAGCAAUAA